GUGAAAUAUAGAAUCUGGAUCUAUUGCCAGUAAAAAAAAAUGUCUUUGGGAUUGGACGACAAAUUACUUGGUGAAAAAGUUCAUUACUACUGCAGUAGUAGUGAAGAUGACAGUGAUAAUAAUAACAGUGACAUAGAAGAUGAAAAGGAGGAGAAGAACAUCCAUCCAACUAUCAGGGAAGCUCCUUUUUCUUCAGAUUCCCUACAAGCGGAAAAUAAUGGCAUUGUUACAAAUACUGGUCCUAAAGGUGUUAUUAAAGACUGGAGAGAAUACAAAAGACUUGAGGUAGAAAAAAGGGAGGAACAAGAAAGAAUUAGAAACCAACUAGCAAAAAAACUCACUUUAACUUGCAGAUCUCAUUUAAAUGAUGAAAAAGAAAAAGUACAGGAUGAUGAAUUUUUGGCUGAACUAGAGGAUUUGGAAGAUGAGUUUUUGAAGGAGUACAGACUUCAACGAAUAGAAGAAAUGCGAAAGGCUUUAGCAAGCAUACCCCAGUUUGGAAAGCUAGUUUUGCUCACAUCAAAAAACUUUUUAGAUGAGGUAGAUGGUGAAAAUGGAAAUGUUACUGUUAUUGUUCACAUAUACAGUGAGGGCAAUGCUGCAUGUGAAUCAAUGAAUGGAUGUUUAAUGUGUUUAGCAAGUGAAUAUCCCACUGUCAAAUUUUGCAGAAUCUCAGCAACUGAUGCAAAGAUGAGCUUCAAGUUUGCUGAGAGAGGAGUACCUGCACUAUUAGUCUAUAAAAAUAAAGAGCUUUUAGGAAACUUUGUUAAGUUAAGAGAAGAGUUGGGUGAUGAUUUUUUCGCCAAUGAUGUUGAGAGUUUUCUUCAUGAGCAUGGCUUUCUACCCAGUAAAGACUCAAUGUGCAUUAUCAGAGAUAAAAGUACAGGAGAAAUAAGAGGUGCACUCCAAGAAGAUGACAGUGGCAGUGACUUUGAUAUUGAUUAAUGCUAAUCUCAAUUGUCUCUAUUUUAAAAAGCUUUCUAAAUGUUGCCAGUGUUAAAUAAGUUUGAAUGGAAAGUUGUUUAAACUCUCUAAAUCAUCAUGCUUUAAUGGGCCUAAAUGUGAUACCAGCAGAAAAACCCAUGACAGAGUACUGUACUUUUUUCUGAUGAUGAACAUUUAGAUGAUGAGUAUUUUUAUCUUGAAAAUACCGUUUGCCAAUAAUUUAUAUUUUUAUCACUUUAAAAAAUAAAUACAUAAAUAAAUUUUAUUGCACCAAAACUAUUUUUAAAAAUUUGGACUUGGAAGCUAACAAUACUAUUCAUUUAUUAGCAUUAUCAUAUACCUUAUAACAUCUAACAGUGUUUCUAUAAAAUUUGUCUGCCACAGGAGGGGGUGGGGCUAACACCGAUUAAAAUAUUUAUUUACAUAACUUAUAUAUUUUAUGUGUGUAGUGGAAUGUGUUGUAUUAAUAAAAGAUGUUGAAUGUGACGAGGCAAGUAAGUAUGUUACGUGUGAGCGUAUGAUAUGGUUGUUAGGGGAAGGAGUUGAAAUCAGUCUUUGUCCUGUGGUGUUGGUGUGUGGAUGUCUUUGUUGUCGAUAUAGUCGUGUCAGUUGUAUAUUGAAGCAGUGUAAUUAAAAGAUGAAAUGAACAA